AUGUAUGAGUUCCAGUUUUGCUCCCUCUCCCCCUCAGCUCUGAGGAGAAGGGUGGCCAAAGCCCUGAAGGUGACGCUGUAUGAGACUCCUACAGGCUGGAGGUUCUUUGGGAACCUGAUGGACUCUGGGAGGUGCUCGCUCUGCGGAGAGGAAAGCUUCGGGACAAGUUCAGACCACAUCCGUGAGAAGGAUGGUCUGUGGUCGGUGCUGGUGUGGCUGUCCAUCAUGGCUGUCAGGAAACAGGGUGUGGAGGAAAUCGUCAAGGACCACUGGGCCAAGCUCGGACGCAACUACUUCUGCAGGUUUGACUAUGAAGGCGUGGACCCCAGAGCUGCAUUCUACCUGAUGAGAGACUUGGAGGGGGUGAUCACAGACAAGGCCUUUCUUACCCAGAAGUUUGCUGUGGGGACUAACGUCUACAGUGUGGAGAAGGCUGAUAACUUUGAGUACAUCGACCCUGUGGACGGAACCGUGGUCCGCAACCAGGGUCUGCGGAUUGUCUUCACAGAUGAGUCCCGUCUGGUCUUCCGUCUGAGUGGGAGUGGGGGAGGGGCUGGGGCCACAGUCCGGAUCUACGCAGAGAGCUUUGAGAGAGACCCUGAGAGACAUAACAGAGAAACUCAGGCGGUGCUGGGUCCCCUCAUCGCCAUCGCCCUGAAGAUCUCUGACAUCCACGAGAGGACAGGACACCGCGGCCCCACCGUCAUCACCUGAGCUCUGCUCCACUGCACACACACACACACACACACACACACACACACACACACACACACACACACACACACACACACACACACAC